AUGAUUCCUCCAUUCGAGACGACAUUCGCGGUCCCGCUAAGCUGCGAAGCGUGUAUCAAGGACGUCUCAUCAUCCCUCUACAAACUUGACGGUACGGCAAUGAAUGUUACCGCCGAUCUACCCUCCCAACUCAUCUCUAUAACGGGCAAUGCCGCCCCUUCGGCCAUUGUUGCCGCAAUUCAAGACACAGGCCGGGAUGCGAUUCUUCGAGGCAGCGGACGAGCCGAAAGCGCUGCAGUGUGCAUUCUUGAGACCCAUUCAAGCAGCGUGAAGGAUCAUGUUCGAGGGUUGAUUCGAAUGGUGCAGGUCAGCAAAGAGAUGACCAUUCUGGAUAUGACACUCAAAGGCGUGCAGCCGGGGAAUUAUCAUGUCAGUGUGCGUGAGACGGGCGAUAUAUCUGAAGGAGCGGCGAGAACGGGUGGUGUGUGGGAUGAAGUGCAGGCGAAGCAGGAAGGGAGGACGGCGGUGAAGGGUGUUUUUGGUACGAUUGAGGUGGGUCCGAGUGGAUUGGGAUCGGUGUUUUUGGAUAAGCCGGUGCAGAUAUGGGAGAUGAUUGGGAGGAGUGUUGUGGUGAGUCGGCAGAAGGAGGGUCCUUUUGAGCGGGAGGAUGAACAUACUUUGGUUGGUGUCAUUGCGAGGAGUGCUGGGGUUUGGGACAAUGAUAAGACGGUUUGUAGCUGUAGUGGUAAGACGGUGUGGGAGGAGCGGAGAGAGCAGGUUGGGAAGGGCAUGCUGUGA